AUGACCAUCAACAGAGAUCAGCAAAGGAGAUACUCUCUAGCAGGGGCAGGCGAUUCUCUUUCGCUCCACAGCUACUCCCAUCCUCUCAGCGCCAUCUCCUCUGCUCCUCACAAGCAGUGGCAGGGGAUUCUCUUAUGCUCCUUUGCCUCUUCUACUGCUCCUCGCCUCCUCUUCUCCUCUACUGCUCCUCUCAUCCGCUUCUCCUCUGCUGCUCCAUUGGAACAGCUUCUCCUCUGCUGCUCCUCGCCCUUCCGAUGCGUCUCCUUCGGAAUGGGAAGGAAGAAGAAGCCUAUGAGCAACCCCUCUCCCCCCGCACUUCCCCCGCAGGCGCCUCCCAGGUGUGGCGCCUCCCAGGUGUGGUCUCCGGGCGCACUCAGCAGGCGGGUGCCGCGCCUCUACCUGACUGAUAAACCCGCUACCCUCCUGCUCUCCCAUCCCUCUGUGUUUUCCACUUUCUUGCUCUCGAUUUCCACUCACCAGCUCUCAGUUUCCCCAUUCAUGUGCACCCAUUGCCCUCUUGAGUUCCCUUCCGAUUCCUUUUUUUCCACUUUCCCUAUUGUGGCUAUCACCGCUGCCCCUCGCUCCCCGCAUCCUAUAACCUCCCUUCCCUCUCUCCCACCCAACCCAGUCCCUCUUUCCCGUGCUCCUAGUUUCCUCACUUCCCUAAGUCUAUAA